AUGAGGUGGAAACCCAAAACCCAUGGCUCUACAGCCAUUCUCACCUUCACAUAUCUACUAGUACUAUCCAGUACGAAUGCAGAAAACUGUGUUUUCCCAGAGCAAUCGGCCACAAAUUUUUUCUUUGAUGUCCGAGCCGACACCCCUGCUCAGUCGAUUCUGGUGGAUACGGUGGUAGAGCCACCAGAUGCUGAGCUGAAGAUUUACAGUGUAAAAUCAAACAAUAUCAAGGUGGAUUUGUCAUCGAAAGUAGAACUGGAACAUCAUAAGAACGGCCAGUUUUUGGUUGUGGCUAAGGAAGCAUUGUCUCUACCGGUAUAUCCUUCUACUAUCAACAAUACGAUGCUGUAUAUUACUGUAGAAUGCAACGGAAAGCCCUAUCCAUUGAUUACGAUUAGAAUCAAGAAUUUCAAUACGUUUGCUCCAGAGUUCUUAAAUGCACCUUAUGAAGUGUUCGUUCCUAAUGUAAGGUUUUUGUCAAAAUUUUAUUUGUAUUUUACUUCUUUUUGCUGUUAGGGUAUGGCAGGUUAUAUUAUCUUACAGUAGCGCUUUUUGAAGAUUAUGGUAAAACCAAGAAUGUUACAUUAGGGUAGAGCUCAAUGUAUUAUUACAGCCUUGAUUACAAUAGUUAAUAUUAAAGUAGGGUAUGUUACGGGAGGGUAUGGUAGGGUAAGGUACCAUAAGGUAAGGAAGGGCAAAGGUAUUGUAGAGUAAGGUAAAGUUAAUUAUGGUAGGAUAGGGUGAAGUAAGGUGCGGUAGCGCAGAUUAGUGUGGGUAAGGGCAAGAUAAAGCGAGGGAAUGUAAAAAAAGUAUGGUACGGCAAUAAUAAGGCAAGGUAGGGUCGGGUAGAAUAUUUGUAGGCAGGAUAGGGUGGGGUAUGGUAGGGUAGGAUAGGGUACGACAAAGGACGAGUAGGGUGGGGUAGGGUAGGGUAGGGUAGGGUAGGGUAGGAUAGGGUAGGGUAGGGGUAGGGUAGGGUAGGGUAGGGUAGGGUAGGGUAGGGUAGGGUAGGGUAGGGUAGUGUAGGGUAGGGUAGGGUAGGGUAGGGUAGGGUAGGGUAGUGUAGGGUAGGGUAGGGUAGGGUAGAGUAGGGUAGAGUAGGGGUAGGGUAGGGUAGGGUAGGGUAGGGUAGGGUAGGGUAGGGUAGGGUAGGAUAGGGUAGGGUAGGGUAGGGUAGGGUAGGGUAGGGUAGGGUAGGGUAGUGUAGGGUAGGGUAGGGUAGGGUAGGGUAGGGUAGUGUAGGGUAGGGUAGGGUAGGGUAGGGUAGGGUAGUGUAGGGUAGUGUAGGGUAGGGUAGGGUAGGGUAGGGUAGGGUAGGGUAGAGUAGGGUAGAGUAGGGUAGGGUAGGGUAGGGUAGGGUAGGGUAGGGUAGGGUAGGGUAGGGUAGGGUAGGGUAGGGUAGGGUAGGGUAGGGUAGGGUAGGGUAGGGUAGGGUAGGGUAGGUAGCGUAUGGUAGGGUAAGGUAGGGCAGGGUAGGGUAGGCUAGGGUAGGGUAGGGUAGGGUAGAGUAGGGUAGGGUAGGUAGCGUAUGGUAGGGUAAGGUAGGGCAGGGUAGGGUAGGAUAAGACACGUAUUAUAACAAUGUAAGGAAUUUUAAGGUAUCAUAACGUAAUUUGAAACAAAGUAAAAUUUUUUAAAAAUUUUAUAUUCAAAAUAUUGUAAUAUGUUUCAGGACGCUCUCCUAGGCACAGAAGUAGAAACCCCAAUAGUGGCAUUCGAUAAAGACCCAAGUGAAACAUAUACUGUAACAUACAAGAUUGAAAGUCAUUUCUCAGAGUUGGAUUUGUAUACUUCUGAAGACCUUAUCGACUUAAAAACGUUACCUACUCAAUAUGCCGUGAAACGUUAUGCCAAAAAGCAAAUUCCAAACAAGUUGAAGUUGAAAGUGCUUGGAGCGCUUCAGAAGCCAGUGUACUACUUUAAUGUUACUGCUUCUGUAGGUGUUUUACUAUGUAAUUUCACUUUUAUCAAAAUUUUCGAAUGAAGCACUAACCGUUACCGUAUUUUACAAAUUUCACCCUUUUAGGAUAACCAACAGCCUCCAAGAACAGCUUGGAAUAUGUUCAAGGUUGUGGUUGGCGACCCACGCGAAGCUAUACCUCAUUUCACUCAGCCUAUCUACUAUGGUAACUUUACAAGAGUAAGUUAUUUUUUUCGUAUUUUACCUUUAGCUUAUAUCGUUUUUUUUCGCUUUUUUCUAGGUUUAAGCUUAGGUUUAGUCUUAGAUUGGGACCUAAGUUUAGGCUGCGGCUUAGGCUUUGACAAAUUUGUUUAGGCUUAGGAUUAUUCUUCGGUUUAUGCUCAUGCACGGGCUUAAACAUGUCUGCAAGUUUUGGUUUAGGCUUAGUGUUAAGGUAAAGCUUAUGCUUGGGGUUAUCUUUAGGCUUAGGUUUGAGUUUAGAAUUAGGUUUUUGUGCUUUAGAUUAGAUUUAUGCUGGGGUUUAGCCUUGAGCUUCGGCUUGGUUUGGGCUUAUAAUUAGCUACAGAUUAAGCUGAAUUUAGGGUAAGGUUUUUGUCUCAAACUAACCUUGUUUAGGUUUUAAAGGAGCCUUUAAUUGAAGUUUUUGGCUGGAUUGGGCUUAGGCUCAAACUUUAUUAUAGCCUUAGCUCAUUAUCUUAGCUUUAGGUUUAGCUUUAGCUUCAACUUUAGUUCUCGCUUUCGCCUAAGCUCUAGCUUAUGUUUGAGUUUUAACUGUGGUCUUAGCCCCAGUCUUUAAGCUCUAGCCUUAUCUCUAUUUUAAGCCUUAGCUUAAGCUUUAGCUUAAGCCUUAUUUUAAAGCUUACCUCUAGCAUUACAUUUAUAUCAAUAAUUUACUUUACCUAUAUUUUUCGUGACGCCCAACUAGGGGCGAUUUCAUUUAUGGGCGAUUCUAUGGCGAUUUCAAUUAUGGGCGGCCCAAGUUUCGCACUAAACUUAAAAUGGUACUAAAAGUGGUACAGUAUUAAUAAAAUAGUACAGUAUUAUUGAAAUAGUACUGAAAUGACUUUUUGGCCCUACUUGACCCUACCCCAUUGGGCCAAAAAGGUGAGGGGUAGGGUCAGGUAGGGUUAAAAAGGUGAGGGUAAGGUCAAGUAGGGCCAAAAAGGUGAGGGGUAGGGUCAGGUAGGGUUAAAAAGGUGAGGGGUAAGGUCAAGUAGGGCCAAAAAUUCAUUUCAGUACUAUUUCAAUAAUACUGUACUAUUUUAAUAAUACUGUACCAUUUUUAGUACCAUUUUAAGUUUAGUGCAAAACUUAUGCCGCCCAUAAUUGAAAUCGCCCAUAAAUGAAAUCGCCCCUAGGUACCCGUAACCAUAUUUUUCAGAACCGCAACUCCGAGUUUGAAAUAAUCCUAACCCAGCCGAUCAUAGCCAUCUUUCCCGACCGUGGCUUAAAUCUACCAAACUACGAGCCAAGAUACGAACUGUUAUCAUCCGAAUGGACCAAAUACUUCAAGUUGGACUCAAAUUCAGCUCGUUUAUAUCUGUCUAGCCCAAGGCAUGUUCAACUACCUGACACUAUCGAGCUGACUAUCAAAGCGUAUUUGGAAGCUGAUAUAGGAAUGGCAGUUAGUUCAAAGAUUGUUUUGACUGAUGCUAGUGAAGUCAAGUUGACCUACUUUUCACAGUGUAGAUACAACGUUCAUUUGGAUGAGAAUACACCGGUCAAUACCAAGGUUACACAGUUUUUGGUCAAAGGAGAUGUAAGUUGAUUUUAAAUUUAUUUUUGUAUUUUAGGGGGGGGGGCGGGAUAAAAAAAAGACUUUUUAGGAGUUUGAAGUUUUGGAAAAAUGGCUUUUUGUUUAAAAAAAAUUUUUUUUUGUUUUUUUUUAAAUUUAAAAAAUAUUGAUUGAAAAUGAUUUUUUAAGAAACAAUUUUUCGGAGUGGGGCGAAUAGAAAGGCAGGGGUAAAAAACGUUUUUAGGUUUUUGAAACAAUAAAAAAUAAAAAAUUUUUAAUUUUGAAAAUAAUUUUUAAUUUUUCAAUAAGUUUUUUGAAAUAUCCACAUGGAGGACCCUUUUGAUCAAAAAUCACAAAACUUUAAAAAUAAAUAAUUUUUUUACAACACAAAGUAUGAACAAGCCUUUUUUUAAAAGCUUGCAACUUCCUUGAGAGUUAUCAUAUUUAAAUUUUUUAAUUUUUUAAAGGUUUUUAAAUUUAAUUUUUUAAAAAUUUUUUGAAUUUUAACGGUGAGUCAAAGUUCCUAUCUGCCGGGCCCUAACCCGCCUUUUUAAACUUUUUUAUUUUUAAUUUUUUUAAAUUUUUGAAAUUUUUAAAAAUUUUAUAGUGACAAUUAUCCUGUUGACCAACACUCCUAUUUUUUUAAAAAAAAAGUUAAUAUUUUAAAAAUUAAAAAUUUUAAUUUUAAUAUUUCAGAUUGAUGGCAUUGACUUACUAAAUGGUACAGAGACUUUCGAAGUUAGUCCAGAUGGAGUAAUGACAAUAAAAGAUAAUUCAGUGUUGGAUCGUGAGCAAAUCGAGCGUCUCAUAGUAAUGGCUAGGUUACGGGUAAGUAUAGGUGACAUUUUUGGUUUGAUUUGUGUAAAAUACGUCUUUCUGACUUUUGGUUUUUCUGAAUCAAGACUAUUUAACUAAAGUUUGUAGAAAGUACUAGUUUCUAAAAUUAAAUUUUAAAAAAUUUUUAAAAUUUUUUUAAAAUUAAAAUUUUCUUUCUUUAAAAAUGCAUAUAUUGUUGUAGAGUUCAACCCCACUGCAUCCGAAAUCUUUGGAGCUUUGUCAACUUGCUACUGUCGACAUUACGAUAGAUGAUGUGAAUGAUCAUAGUCCUAGGUUUGAACGUAAUACCUACACUUUUUUCAUUGAAGAGAACCCUUUCAAUAACACUGAAGUCGGGUCCAUUGUGGCUAUUGAUGAUGACAGUGUAAGUACUUUUUAUUUUUAAAUUUGACACAAUAUAUUGAAAUGAUAAGGGCUGGGCAGAGUAGGAUGAGACAAUAGUUGGUAGUCAUACAUAAGGCAGAAUUAAAGUACGUCAAGCGUUACAGCAGGAUAAUUCUAGCUUAAUAUACAGUAGGAUAAAGAAAGCAAGGCUGGAUUAUAUUAGAGCAUGGUGGAGUAGGGAGGGUAUGCUUGGACAAUGCAAGAGCGGGCAAGGUAGUAGUGGGCAGGAGAUGAAGUUGGGUAGAGUUAGCUAGUGUACUGUAAGGUGGGGUAGAGUAAGGUACUGUAAUUUAGGGUACUUAAAGGUAAAGUAGAGUAGGGUACUGCAAAGUAGGAUACUUCAAGAUACGGUAGGGUAGGGUUGUAAUGGAAGGGAAUUCAAAAAUAGCAUUGUGAACAAAAAUUUUUUUUCAGGGUUCCUAUGGUAAAGUAAAAUACCGUUUCUUAGACGACACGUUACCUUUCACUCUAUUUCAAUCAGAUGGAGUCGCUACACUAUAUUACGCUAACAAACAUGGUAAUGCAGCUCUGGAAAAGAGCUAUUCAUUUACUAUUGAAGCCUACGAUUCUGAUAUUUAUCCACGGUAAGUUCUUUACCAAAAUAUUUUUUUAAAUUUUAAAAUUAAAAAAAAAUUUUUUGAACAUGUUUCAUCGUAUAAUUUAUCGCUUUUUAAAAAUUUUUAAUAAAUAUAUAUGUUUAUAGUUGUAGUAGGCUUGUAUUGAACAGUAUUUGAAAUAAAUUUUAAAAUUUUUAAAAAUUUUUGUUGGGACAUGUUUCAUCGUAUAACAUGUCGCUUUUUCUUUUUAUCUUGUUUUUCUUCGGAGAAAAGGCUAAAAAUAUUGAAAAAUCAGAUUAAUUUUGAAUUUUUAAACUUUUUUUUUAAACUUUUUCAAACAUAAUUUAUUAAAAUUUUUUUUUCAGCACCGCCCGAGUAACCAUCCAUGUAUACCUGGGCGAAAAAGCGGCAGAAGAAGUGGAAGUGCUCCAAAUCGGUCGAUCCGAAGAAAACCGCGACUCCGAGCCCAAAAAAGACAAAACAACCUUUCAAUUCAAAAGCUUCCGCAGUGCCACAUUGAAUGAAAAACGGUUUUCUACUGAUAAAAGGACUGAUAAGAUCGAAUUUGGCCAAGAAAACUAUACCUUCAAUUUGACCGGUCGAUUGGAUGUAGGUGAAUAUAUUGGCACAAUCAGGCUGACAGAGGAGAAGGAACAAAUCGACUACGAGUUGGAGGAUGGCAUUCGAGGUUUUGUUAACUUGGAUUCACGUUAUGGAACGUUGAGGGUUGGGCAAAAGAUGAUUGAGGAUGAGUAUGAGCAAGUUCGAUUCGCUGCCAUGGCUAAAAGCAGACGUGGGGAGACUUUGGUAAGUAUUUAGUAUGAUGUGUUAGAGUCUUGAGAAUGUAUGUUGUAAUAUUUGAUAUGUAUGGAUGGUUGGAAAUGGCAAGAAUAACAUUAUUUUUGAAAAAGUUGAAAAUUUUUGAAAAUUUUUUAGGUUUUUUGAGUUCAAAAUUAAUUUGUGACAAAACUAAACAUAGUAAAACUGUGAAAAUGGACGUAUUGACGUUUCCGGCAAUAAGGAACGUUUUUGUAAUUGACAACUUUUUAAUAAGAUUACUGUAACAUGACGAAUUUAGAUUUUGCGCCUAUGACCUUUAUUUUUUUUGAAAAUUAUGAAAUGUGACAAAAUUAAACAUGGUAUAGCUGUAAAAUUAAGCAUAUGGACGUUAUAGACAAUAGAGAAUAUUUUCAUAAUUGACGACUUUUAGAUACGGUUACUGUAACGCACCAAAAUCGAAACUUUCUUUAGAAAAGACAGGACUGCUUCUUUAAUUCUUAUUGUUUAUCAUGAGCUAUUGUGAGAAGAAAAAUAAUGCUUUUUGUUAAAAGUUAUGGAAAGCAUAUUAUUGUUGUUAAUGACAUCAAGUCAUGUGAAAAAAUUAUAAUUUUGGGGCGGCUUUUGGUCUUUUUUAGUAAUUUAGGUAUAGAUUGUGCUUUUGGUAACUAGUCCUAGCCCUGUUUCUAGUCCCAUCUCUAGUCCUAGCUCUGGCCCUAUUGUUGGACUAGCCUUGGCUAUGGCUCAGCCUUGUUAGUCUCUGCUUCAGCUCUAGCCUUAGCUCUAGCUUUAUCUCUUGUCCUAGACACGAUCUAGGCUUAGUCUUAGCUUCAGCUCUAGCUCUAGCCCUAGUUCUAGCUCUAGAAUACUCUUAGCCUUACCUUGAGCUCUAGUCUUACCCCUACUUCUACCUUUAAUCCUACCUCUAAUUAUGUCCAUACCCUCAUUCAGGGACGUUGCUACGGUUUUUCUCUGGGGGGGGAGGUCAAAAAAUUUUUUUUUUGUUUUUUUUCGCGUACAGGUACCUACCUGUGGAUUUUUUUUCGGUUCGGCUCUGGGGGGGGAGUCACCCAGAACCACCCCCCCCAAACGCCGUCCCUGCCCUCAUUUCUACUUUUACCUUACCUUUAUUUAAAAAAAUUGUUUUAAGUUUCUUUUUUUCCUACGAUUACUACGAAUACGAAAUAACGGCUAAAAAUUUAAUUUUUUUUAAAAUUUUAGUGCUCAGCCGAUAAAUUUCCAAUCCUUAAAAUCCACUGGUAACGGAAACGUUUCGGCAUUUUUACAGCUUAAGCUUUUAAGACCGUAAUUCGAAUGGGAAAAAAUGUUUUUAACCAUAGCAACGCGUUUCGGCCGCUUCUUGUUGACCAGCUUUCUGGUCAUUCGUAUUAAGCCGUUUGGAAUGUAAUUAACGGUUAAUGAAUGUUACCUAAUUCUGUUGCGUUCUUUCUGGCACAGGUGGUUUUUCAAGCAAGUUUACUCUGUCUUUUCUUUUGAUGGUUAUGUGAAUGUGGUUUGUGGCGGGGGUGUUUUUGGGGUUGUGGGGCUUGUGGUAGGGUGUUUUUGGAUAGUGGACUUAUGGUAGAGGUCAGGGUCGUAAAAAAUUCAGGGAGAGUACUUGUAAAGCGUAGGGGUAGGCAUUGGGGUAGAGGAAUGAACGAUGAAAGAUGAGAGAGGUACUUCUUCUCCUCUUUCCCUAGUUAAGGGGUAUGUUCAUAGUACUAAAUCUCAUAUUGUAAAUGACAAAUCUUAUCACUGUAAUUAGUUUUUUUAUAGUUUUUGACCAUAAAAGUUGUUUUCCAAUACCUUUUCAAGCUGAAAACCUAUUUUUUAGCCAAUUUUCAACAAAUUUUUUUAAUUUUUGAAAUUUUAAAAAGAAUUUUUUUUAAACUUGAUUGAUACAUUUUGUAAAGCAUGAAAAAGUAGUGUAUAUGGUAGUAGUUUGAUAUUUGGAUCUUUAUGUUUUACAAAGUUAUACUUGUUUAAAAAUGUCAAAAAUUAAAAAAAGUUCGAAUUCGACUGGAAAUGAUGACUUUUUUUGUUUUCAACUAGCUGUAACUUUUUUAUUAGACAAGACAUCUUUACAAUACUUUGGGAAAUGUUACUUCAUUUUAUAGGUUAUAAAAGGUAUUAACUGAAUUUUGAAAAAUCUUGGUCAUUUUUUCAAAAAAUUCAAAAAAAAGUUGAAUACCCUUCAAAAUUUUAAGGGUAAAGGGGGAAAAAAUAAAAAAUCUAGCUUUUAAUUAACAAUUAUCUUGCUUUUAGCUACAUUUUGAUGUUGUAAUGUAAUCUUUCGUAUAUUGUAAACAUAUAUUACGUAUUUUACAUCUUAUUUUCAGGCGACAACCUUGGUGACAGUAUUUAUCGACGAAAAAUCGUCGGAAUACGUGUUGAACCCACUGUUUGAACAAGCCAUAUAUAGGUUUGAGUUGGAGGAGAAUCAGCCUGAGCAGAGUUUGGCUCAGAUUGAGGUAUGGACUUUGAAAUUUUUUAAAAAUUUUUUGAAAUUUCGAAAAUUUUUUUAAAAAUUUUUUUAAAAAUUUGGCUAGAAUACAACUUUUUUGGCCGUUUAGUCAUCUUUUUUGCCGUUUGGGCAACUUUUUUGGCUGUAAAACUUAUUUUUUUAUGUAAAAAUCUAUAAUAUGCCAUUUUUGAUAUUACCCACAUAAUUUCAGGCCCAUCACAGAUCAGUAGAGUUAGGAAAAGACAAGAUUUGGUACACUUUGGACCGAACAGAAGAUGCCAAACUGUUCAAAAUCGACCCGGAAAGCGGCUGGCUGGCUUCGAGGAAGCCCUUGGACUACGAGGAUAAGAAAACCUACAACCUCAAGGUAAUUUACUCUCAUAAUUUACCUUUAUCUAACAGUACACAACCAAGUUUGAAUUUCAAUACCUUUUUAAAUAAGCCUAAUUUAAAUGCCAUUUCAGAUCAAUGGUUGUCUCGAAAGCAACACCAAGAAGUGUGGUCGAUCUGAGGCAAUUGUCGUAGUCAAAGACCUCAAUGACAACGAACCAAUCUUCGAAAAACUUCAUUAUCAAGUCGAAAUCCCAUCAGAUCUGGCCAUCAACUCUGAGGUGGUUCAAGUCAAAGCUACUGAUAAGGAUGCUGGCCAGAAUGCCAAACUCAAAUACUUUAUCAACAACGAAAGUGGUCAAUAUGCCAGCUACUUUAAGAUUGACGAGGAGUCGGGUCAAGUCAAAUUGGCCAAGUAUUUGGGGCCAGAAAUCACGGAAUUGUCGUUUUAUGUCAGUGCAAAAGAUUCGGCCGAACCUCCGAUGAUGGGCCGUGCUCAGGUGCAGAUCACUGUGCUGAACAUGGGAUUCUCGAAUGUUAAUGCCCCUGAGUUUGAUGAUGUAAGUUUAUGGGGAACUGGGUUUUUAGGUAUAUUUUUAUACUUUCAGUUCCGUUAUGAAGUCUCCUUCCGAGCUCCAAUCCCAGCCGGAUCAACUAUUGGCAGGGUAAAGGCUGUUGACAAAGAUGCUGGCCUUGAUGGUAAAGUAUGGUACAGUCUAAUUGAGGACCAUGUGUCGAGAAAGUUUGUCAUCAAUUCUGAGGUAAGUCUACAUACUCUACACUACCCUACUUUUCCUUAUUUUACUUUAUCCUACUUUAGUCUACCGUUCCCAACUACUCUGUUCUACUCUGCCCUACCCUGCUUUACCUUAUAUUACCUUACCCAACCCUAAUUAACUAUCAAUAUCUUACUGUAUACUGUUUGAAAUUUUAAAAAUAUGCCUUUUCCAGACCGGAGAGAUCAAAGCCUCAUCCCCAAUAUCAAUAUCAGAUGGAGAGUUGAUUCAAUUGACUGUUGAAGCUCAUGACAGUGCACCAAAGUUCCCUAGAAAAACCCCAACAAUAUUCAUGAUUCAUUUGAUCGAAUCGGAAGAGCCAGUACAAUUCAUGCCAAUGCCAAAAACAGUUUAUAUCUCUAGUUCGAAGCCUGUUGGGAGCACUAUUUUUAAGUAAGUACUAUAUCUUAUUUAUCCUACCCUAACUUACCCUACCCUACCCUACUUUACCCUUACCCUACCUUACCCUACCAUACCCUACCCUAACAUACCCUCCCCUGCCCAACCCUACCCUAUCCUACCCUAUCCUACUCUACCCUACUAUACCCUACUCUUACAAGGAAAGGUCCCCACCGCGCAUUGGACUGGUGAAAAACUGGUACAUACAAGUUGUAGAGCAUGGUCAAAUUAGUCGAAAACUGAAAAAAAAAUUACCCCUCGUGGGGGUUUUUUAAAAAAUUUUAUUACGUCGAAGUUUAAAAACAUUAAUUGCGCUCGCGCUAGACUCGGAAAAGAAGAGGAGAGAGUUCCGUGAUGCAAUAGCGCAGGGGUUGCGCUCUCGGUUAACGCUCAAAGCUCGUUGGUUCGGGUCGCGGCGUAGGCACACCCUUUUUUGCUUGGAUUAAAAUUUUUAAAAAUAAAAAAUUAUUUUUUUUUGGUCAAACUUGUUUUUUUUUACAAUUUGUUUGUUCUAUUAUUCUUUAAAUAGUGCUUUUAUUUUGUUUUUAAUAAUGGAGAAGUUUUGUUCUGAGGUGAUCUGAACGUGCCUUACGAGCUAGUGGAUAAGUAUGUGGAUAAAAACAAGCUUAAUAAAUAGAAAAAUUGAUUCUUUGAUAUAAACAAAACAAAAUUUAACCAAAAAAAAAUAAUUUUUUAUUUUAAAAAAUUUUAAUCCAGGCACAAAAGGGUGUGCCCUCGGCGCGACCCGAACCAACGGUCAUUGAGCGUUAGCCGAGAGCGCAACCACUGCGCUAUUGCAGCACGGCACACUCCUCUUCUUUUCCGAGUCUAGCGCGAACGGAAUUAAUAUUUUAAACUUCGACGUAAUAAAAUUUUUUUAAAAACCCCACGAGGGGUAAAUUUUUUUUCGGUUUACGACUAAUUUGACCAUGCUCUACAACUCGUAUGUACCAGUUUUUCGCCAGUCCAAUGCGCGGUGGGGACCUUUCCUUGUUAGCCCUUCUACUACCUUAUCCUACCCUACUAUGACCCCCACUUUCUUAAUCCUUUCUCAUACUGUAACUUUACUUAGCCGUCAUACUCGACUGUACCGUUUAAUUUUUUUCACUCUACCCUACCCUAUUCUAUUUUAUCCUACCUUUCUCUGCCCCUACUUUACUCUACCUUACCCUACUCAUACCUCUACUACGACUUUAUCCUACCACGACCACUACACUCUUAAUCUUUGGUCCUACUGUAACAGUGCUUUGCCAUCUCACUUCUACCGUACUAUGCCUUUAUUUUAAAUUUGGUUGGCUUCCUACUUACCGGACUUCAACCUCUCUCGCUCUUACUCAUCUUUAGUCUUCUUCUACCGUACCCUCAUCUUUAAUUCUACUUUUAUUUUUGCCGUAUCUCUCCCAGCCCUAUCUUUAACCUAGUCUCGUCUACUUUGCUUCUUUUUAAAAUUUUCUUUACGGUUUUCAAAAGAUUUCAUUUCCAGAGUAGGCCUAAAGAGCGGCGAUGCCAAGAACAUGAAGUUCAUGGUGGACCAAGACCCUCGUCAUCAACUGUUUGGCAUGAUCGACGACUACCUAAUAGUACUACUACGACUAAAACAAGGUGUUUAUAAAAUCAGCAUCCGUGCUUUCAACCCCAACAACAACCAAAGUACAGUACACUCGCUGAAGAUGGUAGUAAUGACAGACCGCGACAAGUACCCAGUUUUUGAAAAACUUGGCUAUGAACUCAAAGUGGCAACAGAUGCACAAUUUCCAGUCAAAUUGCCCGCCUUUCCAGUAUCACUACGUACUGGCCGAGUACUAUACUCGCUUUACAGUGCUAAUGGUCUCGACUUACCUAAGGGGGUUAAAAUUGAUGAAAUUACUGGAGAAUUGACCGUUUUCGAGGAGUUCUUGCUAUUUAUGGACCGUGAAUCGACCAAAAACGAGGCUUUCUUGGUGGUACGAGCUGUAAAUCAACAAGAUCCAGACUUUUACUCUGAUGUAGGAGUCACAUUGACUCUGAAACGACCGGUAAAUGAACUGAUAUUCACUUCAAAACUAUACAGACUAAUAGUCAGAGAAGGCGCGCCGGUUAAUACCAUCAUCAAUAGUGUCAAAAUAGCUGUACAACAACAGCAUCUACAUCCAAAGCUACGGUUUACUAUCAGCAACAACGACUACUUUGAUAUAAACCAGAAUGGACAAGUUAUACUGAAGAAACAGGUCGAUCUAGAGUCAUUACCUCAAGAACAACAUGGCAUCAUCGAGCUAACGGUAACGGCUCAAGAUGGCAGUCAAAGAAGUCAAACCCAAGUCCAAAUUAAGGUGGAGGAUGAAAAUGAAUUCGCUCCGAAGUUUGAACAACCCAAGUACAGUUUUACGGUCGAUUCGGCAGUAAGAGCGGGCAGUAUGAUCGGAGAGGUCUUCGCCUAUGAUAAGGACUUUUCAGACCAAAACAAAGUCUUCUACCGAGCCAAAAUUGGUGGGUUUUUGAACAUUUUGGGACUUAAUAAGCCUUGAAACGUAUUUUACAAUUAAUAUAGUUUAGCUGAUCAACACUUUUUCUAAAUCACUCUUUGGUUAUUGAAUAUACGGGUUAAAUUACUAAUAAUUUGGUAGAAUGUUGAGGGUAGCGCCUUUUUUUACCUAAAAUUUUACGAAAUUUCAAAAAGUUUUAAAUUUUUUUUUAAUUUUAUUUUUUAAAAGCAUAAAAUGAAGUGUGAUAUACUGAAGUUCCAUAAAGAUACCUUGUUUAGUAAAAACAUUACAGUGGUUUGAAAAUGGAAAAGCUCGAAAAUUUUGGCAAAAAAUAGCAUUUUUUUUGUUUUUUGUUAAUUUACAAACCUUUUUGAAAUUUUCAAAUAUGAAUAAUCUACUGCAUUGUAAAAAGCAUUAAAAGUAGUAUAUUUUACUAAGGUUUUGAAAAGAUAUCUUGUUUAGUAAUUAAGUUACAAUGAUUUGAAAAUGGCAAAAGGCCCAAUUUUCUGCCCGGAUUCGAACUUUUUUUUGGUUUUUGACAUUUUUAAAUUGACAUAACUUUGUUAUACUUUUUGAUAUCAACAUGAAACUUGGUGAAUAUGUACCACUUUUUAUGUUUUACAAAGGCUAUUAAUUGAAGUUUUGAAAAGCCUUUUUAUAAUCUUUAAAUUUAAAAAAAAUUGAAACUUCUUGCCUUUUUUUGGGGUAAAAAGCAGUAUUUUGACUUUUGUGUAGAAAAAAUGCCAUUUUUAAAGUUAUAUUAGUUAUGAAAAGACAAUUUUUAUAUUUAAAAAAUUUAUAAAAUAAAUUUUAGGGUCAGCAGUAGGCUUGGUGGAUGUUCGAAGCGAUGGAAAGAUCUUCAAGAACGACAUUGAGCCGUUCGAACCGGGAGCUCAUUACAAUUUGAUCAUUACUGCUAGUGAUUCCAAGGGAAAACAGGUAGGGUUUUAUGGGAAAAUGGACUUUUUAAGCAUUUUAAUGCAAAAUUUUUUUGAAAUUUUAAAUUUUUCGAAAUUUAAAUUUUUUUUGUGGAAUUUUUAGGUAACAAAAAUUGAUUUUUUUGGUUUUUUAUGCCUAAAACUGAAUUUUUUAUUGUUUUUUAUAUCUGAAAAUGCCAUUUUUGCAUUUUUUUUUACCUAAAAAGCUAAUUUUUCUCUUCUUGUUACCUAUUGUAAUUUUUUGCAAUUUUAUUACUGAAAAAUCCAUGUUUUGCCUUUUUGUUACCUAAAAACCUAAUUUUUGCAUUGUUUGUUACCUAAAAAAUCUAAUUUUGCAUUUUUUAUUACCUAAAAAUCUAUUCUUAGCAUUUUUUGUUACCUAAAAACCUAAUUUCCAACAAUUUUCAGACCGAAACCAUAGUUCUGUUUGAUGUAGCCGAAGAAUCAAGUAUAAUAUCUCCCUUAUCACAAAAGACCCACAUCAUGCACAAGUCUCAAAGUUGGUCUCCAGAAGAAGUUGAGGAUGGUACGAUGAUCGACGCUAUGCCAAAUGGCAAUUGGGAUUUUAAGAUUGUGGAAGGAAAUGAUGACAAGUCCUAUGACAUUAAGAAGAUGAACAGGAGUAGUGCCAAACUGGCCAUAAUGGACCGGUUGCCCAAGAAAACCAAGGACCAUUUACUGGUCGAAGCCGUAAAUCUGGACGAUCCGUUCGAGAAGGUGGAGACGAAUGUAACGAUCGACUUGAAGGCGCUGAAGCCGAUUCAGAAGCUGGAGUUUGAGAAUCAGCUGGAUGAAGUGCUUCUGAAUGCGGCUACAGCUCAACAACAUUCGCCGAUUUUCAGGGUGAAGGUCCGAGGUGGGAAGCAUGUUCACUUCCGGAUUGUGUCGGAUUCUGAAGGCUUGUUCAAGAUCGACGAGGAGUAUGGUGAUGUUUACAUUGGUCAUCCGAUUGAGCAGCUUGAGAAUGGAGAACAUGAAGUUGUGGUUACUGUGACUUCUGGAAGUCAAAAGAUUAGCAAGAAGUUCACGGUCAUUAUUACUGUACCUGGUACUGUGGAGAGUACUGGAGGUUUUGGUAGACCGAGUACGGUAACUUUUGGUCGGCCAGAGUCUUCUAGAGUACCUAGUACUGCACAACCUUCUAGUACUGCCCAUAAUUCUAGACCUUCUCCUAACGAUCAUAACAAGUCUACUGGUACCACCAACCUAAUUAAUAGUACCAAUCCUACCAGCUCAUUGGAAAAUAGUACUCCAGAGCCAUUUGAGUUCAGUACGAUGGCGAAAAUUGAUGAGAAUCUUGUGGAAUCCAUGGAACAAGAAGAUUCUGAAGACAACACUGUAGCCAAUGAAGGUUCUACUGUAACUUCUGAUUCUAAAAGUACUGUAGAAGGUAAUGGAAAGGCUACAGUAGGCUUGGAAGGUGAUGGUGAUGGGUUUGAGGGUAGAAAGGCGGGUUCAGAAGGCGGAAUUAUGACUUCAGAAGGCCAAGACGCAGCUUUAGAAGCCACCAAGACUUCUGUUAAUAGCAGAGUCUCUUCAGGAGCCACAAAGACAGCUUCAGAAUCCCAGAAUCCAUCGACGAUGAAGCCUAUUAGCGUGGAAACUUCAAUGGAAUUGACUACAGAUCAGCUUGAAAAUGGAAAUUCAGAAUCUUUGUCAAGAGCUACCGUACAGCCUUCAGAAUCUACUACAUCGUCGAUGAGUCAGAAUUCUGAAGGUUUGAAAAAGGAUUCUGAAAAUAUGGCUUCUGAAGGGAGGACGACUGCUUUAAAGAGUGGAGUAGGUGAAAGUAAGCCUAAAAUGACCGUAACCCAAUCCGGAAUCCAAUUCAAAAAGCCCAAGUACAAAUUCGAAAUCAUCAACCCAAAGCCCAACGAUGUUGUAGGCAAGCUAGACAUCAUCAGCGAUGGGCCAGUCAAGAUGAACAUCAUCCCCGAGCAAUUCAAACAAUGGUUCGGGGUGGACCCGGCCACCAGCACCAUAUACAUGAGAGACGUUCCCGAAGAAUUGACCGGUCGACAACGUGCCGAGUUCAAAGUGUUGGCCCAGGACGCUAGGAACUCGAAGCUACGAGCCGAGGCUGGGGUAAAAAUUGAUUUGGUUUUGGGAGUGGAUGGUGGAGAUGCGAAGGACAGGGAGGAGAGUGAAGAGGGUGUGGUGGAUGGUAGUGAUAAGGAUGGUUUCAAAAAUGAAAAGCCUGGCCUAGAAAAUGGCAAUGACUUUGUGACGAACGAAGAAAUUGACCGCAAAUUUGAAACGACGAAAAGCCAACUUUCAACUAUUGAUUUUUCUAUUGAUGCUGAAGCUACUACUGUCAGAAGUCAUAGUAGCAGUACGAAACUGGAUCAGAAUCCGAAAAAUACGAAAGUGGAUCCAGAAGGUCAAAAGACAACUUCAGAUCAGGAUUCUGGAGCUCAUGAGGUUUCAAAUAAUGAAGAUUUUAUGGGACAGGACUCUUUCACAAAUCGAGGUUUGGGAGGUCAAGAAUCUUCUAAAAAUGGAGAUUCUAGAGCUCAAACAUCGUCGAAAAAUGAGAAUUCAGAAACCCACAAACAGCUACAAAGCGAAGAAUUUGGAGUAGAAUCGACCACAGAAGUUCUGUUCGAAAAUACGCCUGAUUUCAGCGAAUUGACCAAUAUUGAUGUAGAUAAACCAAUGAAGCAUAGCACGGAAAAACCUUCAAAAUCAAAGCCUGAAAGCAAUGUUCACAGUGAUUCAGAAGACAAGAAUUCUGAUAUUAACCAUGGAAAAGCUGGUUCAAAUGUAGAAAAUGCCAAUAUUAACCAUGCCCAGUCAAAAUCACUACUCUUCACCAACCACAAGUUCACCGCUAUGAUGCCAGAAGGCCGUUACGGUAAUCGUGGUGCUGUCGUCAAUCUUCGACCAGCUUCUUUGAAAGAUUCUUUGAGCUACAUUCAGAAUCCAGUGUUCGAAAUCGAGUCGGAAGAGCCUUCACUCCCAUUUUAUGUUAGAAACGAGACUGGAGAUCUAAUCGCAUUUGCUAACAUUGACAGAGAAGACAUAUCACAAUAUGUUUUUAAUGUCAGCGUUAGAGAUGGUGAUGUGAAUGGUGGAAAAUCAGGUAAGCUUUGGAUAAUAUAAAAUUGUUUUGGGUAGGGUAAAUUAUAGAUUUGAUGAGAUUAGGGUGUGGUACAGUAGGGUAGGGAAAGUUAAAGUAAGUUUGAGUAGAAGCUACUGUAGGGUUGUGUUGCUUAUGGUCAGUAGGGUAGGUAUUAUUAGUAAGUUAUAUUAGGAUAGUGUAGAGUAGGGUAUGCAAGGUAGAGUCAGGUAAUGUAGGGUACGGUAUAGUAUAAUAGGAUAGUGUAGAGUAAGGUAUGUAAGGUAGAAUAAUGUAAUGUAGGGUAAGGCAGAGUAUAGUAGAGUACGGUAGCUUCUAGUUGGAUAGGGUACAUGAAGAGGUAGAUCAAGUUUAGGGUACUGUAACGUAUGCUACUUUAGGAUAGGUUAAGAUUGGAUGUAGUAGACUACAGUAUUUUAGGAUAAGAUGCUGUAUCAAAGGGUAGUAUAGGAUAAAGUAUGAUAGGAUAUUUUACAGCAAAGUACUGUACGGUAGAUAAACAUACUUUAUGUUGGUGUAGCGUGAUAUUACGGUAGGAUAUGCCACGGCAGGGUAGUACGAAUACUGUAAGAUAGGAUAAGGUAGGGUGGGCAGGAUAGGAUAGGGUAGGGUAGGGUAGGGUAGGGUAGGGUAGGGUAGGGUAGGGUAAGGUAGGGUAGGGUAGGGUAGGGUAGGGUAGGGUAGGGUAGGGUAGGGUAGGGUAGGGUAGGGUAGGGUAGGGUAGGGUAGGGUAGGGUAGGGUAGGGUAGGGUAGGGUAGGGUAGGGUAGGGUAGGGUAGGGGUAGGGUAGGGUAGGGUAGGGUAGGGUAGGGUAGGGUAGGGUAGGGUAGGGUAGGGUAGGGUAGGGUAGGGUAGGGUAGGGUAGAAUAUGAUAGGGUACGGUAAAGCAAGGUCUUAUUAACAUUCGUAGUAACAAACAUAUAACAAACAUACCUACUUUCAGCUGCCAAAGACAUAGCAGAAGUGAAGAUAACAAUUCUGGAUGUGAAUGACAACUACCCAGUGUGGCAGAACGUUCCACAUGUCUUGGCUUUAAAUGCUAAUGAACCUCCAACCAAAAUCAUCACAGUUUUGACGGCUACCGACGCUGACGAAGGCUCAGCAGGCAAGGUCAAGUACAGAAUCACCAAGAACUACAAUAACUUGUUCGACAUCAAUGCUAAAGGAGAGUUGUCAUUGACAACAAGGAUAACAGCACUACCACCAGAUGACUUGGAGAUAGAGGUAACGGCCUUGGAUGGAGGUAGACCGGCCUUAAGAACGCCACAUUUGAUGAGAGUCGAAGUUUUUGAGGAUUCUGAUGAUCCAUUGUUCAAAAAGAAGGAACACACAGUCAAUAUCAACAAGGACGCUAGGAGUGGGGAUUAUGUUUAUCAAGUUGUUGCUGGAUUGGCACCGUUUGUUUAUAGAAUUAAUGGUAAGUUUUUUUAUUGUGCGGGCAAGGUAAAAAUGAGUUUUUUUUUGAGUGGGGGCGGGAUAAAAAUGAAUUUUGAAUGACUAUAUUAUUGGUUAUUGUUUUUUUUAUUUUUGACGAAAUGUCACAAAAAUUAUUGAUUUUUCUAUUUUUUGACGAACUGUCAAAAAAAUUACCGAUUUUUCUAUUUAAUUGUGCGUAAAUUUUAAAAAUGACGGUUUGUACAUUUUUUGACGAUAUGACACAAAAAUAUUGAUUCUUCGUUUUUUUGACGAAAUGUCAAAAAAUUUAUUGAUUUUUUAAACAUGCUUAAAGUUUACAAAAUAAUGUUUUUUAACAGUUUUUUGACGGAAUAUAUCAAAAUGUUUUUUGACGAAGUGCCACAAAAAUUAUUGAUUUUUUUAUAUUUAACAGAUUGUGUAAAAAAAUCGCAAAAAAAUGAUUUAUGAUUAAUUUUUAUAAAAAAUAUUAAUAUUCUAAUACUUUUAGACGGUGCAUCCGACCUCUUCCAAAUCGAUCCCACAACUGGUACAGUAACUCUUCUACGUGACCCAAUAGCCGAAGACCAGAAUCGCUAUCACAUUCUUAAUAUCACAGCUAUUAACAGCAAUGGCAUCUCUUCAUCUACAGUCAUUAAUGUAUUCAUGGAAGGCGAGCCAAUAGUAGUUACAGUCCCUGCGGUUACUGUAGCGCCAGAGCCUUCUAAAUGUAAAUUCAGUCAAAAGAUCUACAAUGUUGAGAUUCGUGAGAACACGGAAGGCAAGAACAAGUUAACUACUGUGGCAUCGGAUUGUCAGAAGCAAGGCCGUGAGGUGAUGUUCACUAUACAUCAAGCUAACGAUGUGUUUACUGUGGAUUCGAAGACUGGCCAAGUUUUUGUGAACGGGCCCCUGGAUCGAGAGCAAAAAGGCAUGCACUUUAUUGUUCUCAAUGUCACUGAGAUCACGAGGCCUUCUAGGCAGACGAACAACCCAGUUGUUGAUUGUAAGUUUAUAGUUUUGUAUUUUUGCACUGUGCAAUUAUUUUUUGGGACUGCACGGUGCAGUCACUUUUUAAAAAAUUAUUGUGCUAUUAUUUUUUAAGUGUUUAAUGUAAAAUACGUUUUAACAUGUUUUUAAUAGCUUGUACAAAAAUUUACAUCGAGAAUUGUCACCUAAAAUUAAUCAAGCACAGUGCAAAAACUAAAAUGUUUUGCACUGUGCACUAAUUUUUCAAAAAAUUAUCGUGCCAUUCUUUUUAAAAUAAUAUAUGAAAAAUGGGUUUUAAUAUGUUGCUACUAAUGUACAAUAACAUGCAAAACAGUAUUUGUUACCUAAAAGUAAUUAGAAAUGGCACUAGGAAUCAAUAAAAAUUUGUUGCACGAUGCAGCAAAAAAAAUUUUUUAAAAAAUUUGUAAAAGUUAGGCUUAAAAUUUUUGCAUGAUGAAGAACUUUCUUUACAAAACAAAAAAAGGCAAGAACUUUCUUUACAAAGCAAAAAAUGGCAAGAACUUUCUUUACAAACCAAAAAAUCGCAAGAACUUUCUUUCAGAUGCCAAAAAGAAGUUAUCAGAAGACCAAGCUCUAGUAUCAGUCAAGGUGCUUGACGAGAAUGACAACGAGCCAGUCUUUGCCAACAAAAACUCAAAGGGUGAACUGGUUGCUAUUAUUGAUUGGCAAGCUCCUCUGCUUCUACCGGUCGUUCGCCUAGUCGCUACUGAUGCCGAUGACAAAAAUACGUUGUCAUACUCGUUAGAACACAACGACUACUUUACUGUAAACGAGAGCAGUGGGCUGGUUAUAUUGACAAAGAGCUUGGCCAAUAGCAAUGAAGAUGAGUAUCGACUGAAGGCUACGGUUGAUGAUGGUGAACAUCAGGUUUCUAGCUAUUUGACGGUGGGUUUUUUGAAUUUUUUUAUUUAGUGUGAGGUAGACUACUGUUGGGUAGGGUAGGGUAGUGUAGAACAGGGUAGGGUGGGGAUAAAAGAUAUAUCUGUUAAACUAUGGCACAUAUAUUAAUACUAUUGUAGAUAUACAAACUAGCACCAGGAACCAACGUCCUAUUCCUGGCCGUUGACAAGCCAGAAUCAGAAGUGGAUGAGCAACAAGUUGCCAAGAAGUUGUCGAAUUUAACAGGAAAAGACGCCCGAGUGUUGUUGAAACAAAUCCUCAUCAAAGAAGAUGGCCAAGCAGUCUUGAAUAAAACCCAUUUGUUCGUCUAUGCUUUGGACAAAACUUCAAAGAUUCCGAUUGAUGCUGUCAUCUUGAAGAGGUAAGAACUUUCUUUACAAAACAAAAAAUGACAGGUACUUUCUUUACAAUACAAAAAAUGGCGAGAACAUUCUUUACAAACUAAAAAAUGGCAAGAACUUUCUUUACAACUUGUAAAAUGUCGCAUUUUUUACUUUUUUUACAGUUUGACGAAAUGUCACAAAAUUAUUGAAUUUUUUUACGAAAUGCCACAAAAUAUAUUGGAUUUUUGUUGUUGGUAAAAGAAUGUCAAAAAAAAGUUAUUAGAAUUUGCUUUAUGUCAAAUUAGAUAAAUGUUUUUACAAUUUAACGAAAUAUAAUAAAAUUUGUUGAUUUUUGUCGAAAUGUUACAAAAUGUAUUGGAUUUUCUGAUUUUUGACGAAAUGUCAUAAAAUAUAUUGGUUUUUCUGACUUUUGUUGAAAUGUCACUGAUACACCUCUUUUUAUGUUUUUUUUACAAAAUGUCCCAAACAUUAUUGAUUUUUUGACGAAGUGUCACAAAAUUAAUUGAUUUUCAACAUUAUGUCACAAAUUAGCUCGGAUUUCGCAUUUUUUUGCAUUUUUAAAAUAUAAAGGUUUAAAAAAAGACAUUUUCAGCUUGCUAGACCAAUCAAAGGAGAAACUCGACGAUCCAGAUCUAAAAGUAAUGAAUGUUCAACUGCCAAUCGUGGCCAGUCGAUUAGUUUUCUCAUGGACAGAUUCUAUCAUAUUAGCUGUUUGUGUUGUAUUGUUAUUGGUAGCAGUAUCGGUGUUGAUUAUGUGCAUGAGGUGUUAUAAACAGUAAGUUUAAUUUUUUUUUAAAUUGAAAGUUUUUUGUGGAUCCAUUAGUUUUUUCGUUAUUCGGGUAGUUUUGUUAUGGGCAGGGCAAGGGCUGGACAGUGGUAGAGGUAAGGUGUGGGUAGGGGGUAGGGUUAAGGUCAGAAAUACUUUGAAAUAAAAAAGCGAAAACAUUAAUGGAUUUCACAAAAAAAAUGAAAAUGCGAAAGAAUUAAUGGAUUUCGAUUAUUUUCAAAUAAAAAAAAUAUUUUUAGUAGGAGUAUCCAUAUGACAAAAACAGAUUUGGAUUAUAUGGUCACCGCCGAAUCUCCAGCCUCAUCACCUCAUAAUGUAGGGCUAGUGACAAGGAAAGAAGCUCAAGAAGCGCUAGCUAGGAAUCCACUGCCAGAGGCCAUCGAAGAGAAUACUAUGAGGUAAGGUAGUGUAUGGUGGCGUAGGGUAGGGUAGGAUAAGUAUGUUUAGCAGAGAGUACGCUGGGUAAGGUAGGAUACGGAAGGUUAGGUUAGGUAUGAUUUCAAAGUACUGUGUAGGGCCAAAUAUUUUAGAAACAGAUAGAGUAUGAUACUGUAACUUACUGUGGGAUAGGCUUUUUAAGGGUUGUGUAGUACUGUUUAGUAUCUUUAGGUAGUUAUAAAUGCUAGAGGUACUGUACUUACAUAAGCUUUGGUUACGGUAAGUCUGGGAGCUACGGAUAUGAUCGGUAGGUUAGGGUAAGGUAGGGUAGGGUAGGGUAGGGUAGGAUAGGGUAGGGUAGGGUAGGGUAGGGUAGGGUAGGGUAGGGUAGGGUAAUGUAGGCUAAUAUUCGAUUAUUUUAGUCCAAGUGCUCGCUCAGCAAUGCUAGCCUCAGCCUCUGUAUUAGUAAUCAAUAAUGGCACUACGACGCCAUCUUCCACGGUGACUGAUGUACCUCCAGAAUCAGCUCAUUCUCCUCAUUCUUCAGUCUUAUAG